AUGGUCCUCUCUCACGAACAAUGUAACCUAGAUGGCGCCCUCAAACUGUUAUACAAGUAUUUGUCGGAUUUACGAACGAACUGGGGAAUUUUACCCGUGGCUGCAAGGACUCUAAAGGCAAAAGUGGCCAAAGCCAUGAGUGCCGCGCUUGAGCUGGCCUUUCCGAAUAGGCCACCCGUGCCUCUGAAACCCAACGCACAAAGCUCAGGGGGCAUCGAGACGGACAAGGAGCUGGAGCAAUUAGUCCAGGACGACUACUCUGGAUUGAAGGGGGACGCCGCGCAAGGCGUUUUUCCUCGGAUCAUCGCCACAAUCUACAAGUACGAUGACACGACUUAUGCGUACACAGCCCCGGGACCGACCAAAACACGUUGCGACUCCUACGCAGCACAUGCAGUGCAGCUACGCAAAAAAAUCUGA